AGAGGAUGCGCUCAUUUGCAUGGUUUGAAUAUUGCUCAAAGUGUAAGACUAAACAUAUAAACUGCUUUGCUAGCUUCCUGGUGGACUCAUGCACAAUGUUGGAGGCGCAUCUUGACAUGGAGGGCCUGUUCAGAAGAUCAGGCUCUUUUGCUAAUGUGAAAGUAUUGCAGACAAAACUGGAUUCGGGUGAGGAGUGCCUGUCUGCCGCGCGUCCCAAUGAUCUGGCUGGCUUGCUGAAGCAGUUCUUCAAGGACCUGCCAGAACCUGUGCUACCUAUUGAGAUGCAAAAGGCCUUUCUCAAGGCCCAGCAGCUCCCCGCUAAGGAGGACCGCACCUCCGCCACCAUGCUGAUUUCUUGCCUCCUGCCUGACAAGAAUCUGAGCGUCAUGCGUCACUUUGCUGAUUUCCUCCAAAAAGUAUCCAACAGGAGUGCAAAGAACAAGAUGAACAUCAGUAACUUGUCACUUGUCUUGGCUCCCACCCUUCUCCAGUCUGAAGUAAGAACCAAGAUGAACAGCAACACAGAGAAAGACCUCCAACUGGAGACUGCUGUCAUUCACUGCUUCAUUAAGAACGCUCACAACUUGGGUAUGCUGCCACGAAUGCUAGGAAAACCAUCCUCCACCACGAUGGAACAUGAGCCGGAUAUGCCCGAUGACUUUGACGAGAUUCACACAAACUCUGGAGAGAGAGGAAUCAUAGGUGGUGUCGUAGAUAAGAUUAAAACUGCUGUGACUACACACAAAGCGCAGAAAUGGCGUCGCUACAAAUACAAGACAGAAAGGCAGGCUUGGUUCUGUAGCCCAAAAAUGUUUCCUUCAAUGUCACCUUGCCAUCUUACCACUCAAAUGCCAAAUACAUCUGCAGACACAGAGAUAAUACUAUUGAAACAUCGAAUGUUGUAAAUGAGAUGGUCACUGGUGAGAAUGAGUUCACAGUUUUUUCUGUGGGCUUGCAUUGAUUGUAUAUUUGUAUACAAGUAAAUAUUGUGACGUGUUUAAAAAAAAUCAGUUAUUUAAAAAUCAAUAUGCAUAUUUAAUAUGGAUGUAUUUUUGUACAUUUGCUUUGUGUGUUUGUUCAUCUCUGUUUGUUUUUGAUUCAUUAAAUACAACAUGUAAGAAAGAA